UCUUAUAAGACAGCAGAGAGCUCAUAAUAUAGAGAAACCCUACAAUUGUGAAGAAUGUGAAAAGGGCUUUACCAAGGCCUCAAAUCUUAGAAAUCAUAAAACUAUUCAUACUGGAGAGAAACCCUACAAAUGUGAAGAAUGUGGCAUGUCCUUUUCUGAGCACUCAAUGCUUAAGAGUCAUUACAGAUUUCAUAAUGGAGAAGAAACUUACAGAUGUGAAGAAUGUGUCAAGUACUUUACUAGGACUUGCUAUCUUAGAAAUCAUAGAAGUAUUCAUACCGGAGAAAAACCAUACAAAUAUGAAGAAUGUGGCAGUUCCUUUACUAUGCGCUCAACACUUAAGAGUCAUUGCAGAAUUCAUACUGGAGAAAAACCUUACAGAUGUGAAGAAUAUGACAAGUGCUUUACCAUGGCCUCAAAUUUUAGACGUCAUCAAAAUAUUCAUACUGGGGAGAAACCCUAUAAAUGUCGAGAAUGUGACAAGUGCUUUACUCAAAGGUCAAGUCUUAGAAGUCAUAAAAAUAUUCAUACUGGGGAAAAACCCUACAAAUGUGAAGAAUGUGACAAGUGCUUUACCAGAGCCUCACAUCUUAGACAUCAUAAAAGUAUUCAUACUGGAGAGAAACCCUACAGAUGUGAAGAAUGUGGCAAGUUCUUUACUGCGUGCUCAUCACUUGAGACUCAUUACAGAAUUCAUACUGGAGAGAAACCCUACAGGUGUGAAGCAUGUGACAGGGCCUUUACUUCUCUGUCACAUUUGAGAUUUCAUCAGUGUGCUGGAUAG